CCCUCCCAUUCUUGCAGCCCUCCAGUGUUGCUGGCCUGAGAUGGGAGCGCACACAGCGGCGGCACCAUCACGGCCGAAAAAACGGGAUAAACCUGGAAAAGAGCAGAAAAAAAACCAAUACCACAUAGGUACCGUGGAAAAAAUGGGAUAACGAAACAAUUAUUUUACUUAAACCGGGUCACACCGUUUGAUCGCGUCCUCUGAACAACUCAGAUGUUGUCUUCGCUUGUGUUUUGCGCUUUUUAUCCUUUCUCCUUGAGCGCUGCUGGUACAAAGGCGCUUGGUCUGGAGCAGCACCUGGGAAUAUGGCCAUAUGAAUGGGCAAGAGCGAACGGACCUGCUGCCACGGACGGACCCCGAUUGGUAAACACAGACAGUGAGUAAACCAAGCAGGAUUAGAACACAUUUCUUCUUUUUUUAUCUUCCCCGGGAGCCAGAUCCCAGUGUCACCCCGCGAGGACAGAUGCUGUCAUUGUGUCGAGGCUGAGAUUUAAAAAAAAAAUAAAUAAAAAAAAUCUUCUGAAAGUGUCCUUUCCUGGAAUAAUGCAUGAGAAAGACAAGCGCUAUUGCCGCCUUUUAUUCCUUUUUAUGCCUCACACAUUCCCAGCUAUUCCUGUGGCUGAGCAGCCGGGUUCUCUUGUUCAGAAUGGGAUGUAUUGUUGCAUCUGCGCAGCCCACGACAAGUGUCAGCAAUUAGACUGUGUGUGUUUCUGAACGGGUUACCCAAACACUGUCACUGCUUUCUAACUGUAAUUGGCCAUUGUUGUCGAUAAGGACUCUGUCGCGAACUGGACUAAAAAAGGACUAACGGUGCGCCCUUGGCUUCAUUCACCUAGUGUGUGUGAGCCGGGGUCGGUCACAGAAGUAAAUUAGGCACAAUAUGGUGGAGCCGGUGGGAUUCACCGAGGCGUGGAAAGCGCAAUUCCCGGAGUCCGAGCCCCCCAAAAUGGAGCUGCGAUCGGUCGGAGGCAUCGAGCAGGAGCUGGAGAGGUGCAAAGCGUCCAUCCGGCGCCUGGAGCAGGAGGUGAACAAGGAGCGCUUCCGCAUGAUCUACCUGCAGACCCUCCUGGCCAAAGAGAGGAAGAGCUACGACAAGCAACGGUGGGGCUUCAGGAAGACGCCACUGAACGAGGGGAUGGAUCCUGCGGCCACACAAGGUGCGGAGUGCCAGUCCCAGCAGCCGCACAUGCAGGAGACUGGUGGAGUUGGAAUAGUAGGGGUAGUUGGUGGAGGGUAUGCUGGUGGGGAUAGGAGCCGUUAUCAGCCUCUUGGAGAUGGAGCCGGAAGGUCCAAACCCAGGCCUCCACCAGCCAGGAAGUCAGCCUCCCACGGAGACGGCCUGGAGUCAGCCUUUGAGGUACCCCAGCAGGCUGAGUCCAUGUCUUGUGACAACCUAGAUGGCCUCUCGCCAUCCAAGCAGAGAGGGGGCAUCUCUGUCUCCCCUCGCAGACUCAACCUUCCGCCCCCAGACAAGGAACUGGCACUGCCCUCUGACCCCAAGGACAAGUUGGGGAUGGGACUUGGCGUGGCAGCUCUUAGAUCCAACUUUGAGAGGAUCAAACGGGCCAACUCUCAUUCUGCGGGGGAUGUAGCAAAGGGCCAGGAGAAGCAGCUGCCGCCGCCACCACCGCCCUUCUACUCUAACAUGGAAUUCCACCACGAGAGAGGUCUGAUCAGGGUCAACGACCGUGACGUCUCUGACAAGAUCAGCUCCCUGGGCAGCCAGGCCAUGCAGAUGGAACGAAAGAGAUCUCUUCACUCCCUCCCAGGUAACCUGGCAACGGUGGCAGGGGAGCUGCGCGCCAGGCCUGUGUACAGAGGCCGGUCCACUGAGAGCACCUGUGGCUAUGAUGCAGAAUAUGAAGACGGGGAACCCAACCAGCGACAUCCAGGGAGGGCCAAUGGUGGCAAACCUCCGCCUCCUCCUUGGCAGCCCUCUGAGUUCCAGGCCUACUCCAGUGUUUAUGUUGGUGGGGUGAUGAUGGGUGAAGGUGGCGGUGGAGACGGGAGAGGCGGCGGUGGAAGUGGUAGUGGAGUCACAAUGAGAGACCUUGGGGGAGGUGAUGACCACCUCCUGACCUGGCCGCGCCGUUCCUACUCCCCAGGGAGUUUUGAGGAUGUCGGCGGAGGCGGUGGAGGCUACACGCCGGACUGCAGCUCCAACGAGAACCUGACGUCCAGCGAGGAGGACUUCUCCUCAGGUCAGUCCAGCCACGUCUCACCCAGUCCUACCACGGCCUUCCGCCGGCCCUUUAGAGAGAAGAGCCGCUCGCCGUCCCAAAACUCCCAGAACUCCCAGCACUCCUUUGACAGCAGCAGCCCUCCGACGCCGCAGUCCCAGAAGCGUCACCACCGGCAGCAGGGAGGCCACGUGGUCAUGUCUGAAGCCACUAUUGUGAGCGUUCGCAAGACCGGUCAAAUCUGGCCACCUGCUGCCCAUCAUGACCUCGUGCCCCAUGGUAGAACAUCCCAUGACAACAGUUUCCAUGGAGACCACCUAGAUGGUCAUUUCACCGGGACCCCUCCCACGUACGGUUACGAUGCAGACCGUGCAGAGGAGCAGCGGAGGCACCACGACAUCCUGCCGUACAUCGAUGACUCGCCAUCAUCUUCACCGCACCUCAGCUCCAAGAGCCGCAGCAGUCGGGACACGCUCUCCUCUGGAUCCUUAGAGUCCUCCAAGUCGAAUGAAUGUGACCUGGAAAAAGGUUUGGAGAUGAGGAAGUGGGUCCUGUCUGGGAUCUUGGCCACCGAGGAAACAUACCUCAGUCACCUGGAGGCACUGCUGCUGCCUAUGAAGCCUCUGAAGGCCGCAGCUACAACGUCGCAGCCUGUGCUUACCGUGGCCCAGAUAGAAACGAUCUUCUUCAAAGUGCCUGAGCUCUAUGAGAUCCACAGGGAGUUCUAUGACGGACUUUUGCCCCGCGUCCAUCAGUGGAGCCACCACCAAAGAGUCGGGGACCUCUUCCAGAAACUGGCCAGCCAGCUUGGAGUCUACCGAGCAUUUGUGGAUAACUACGAACUGGCUGUGGAGACAGCGGAGAAGUGUUGCCAGGCUAACACACAGUUUGCUGAAAUCUCCGAGAACCUGAAGGUGAGGAGCCCCAAGGAUUCUAAGGACCAGACGGCCAAGAACUCUCUAGAAGCAUUGCUAUAUAAACCAGUGGACAGAGUGACUCGCAGCACAUUGGUACUUCAUGACUUGCUCAAACACACGCCCACCAGCCACCCGGACCACCCACUUCUGCAGGACGCCUUGCGGAUCUCCCAGAACUUCCUCUCCAGCAUCAAUGAGGAGACGACGCCCCGACGGCAGUCUAUGACUGUUAAGAAGGGAGAGAGCCGUCAGCUUCUGAGGGAUAGUUUCAUGGUGGAGUUGGUGGAGGGAACCAGGAAGCUGCGACAUGUCUUCCUUUUCACUGAUCUGCUGCUCUGCGCCAAACUGAAGAAACAGAUCGGAGGUAAAAACCAACAGUAUGACAGUAAGUGGUACAUCCCCCUGACUGAGCUGACCUUCCAGGGCCCCGAGGAGACGGAGCCACUUACCAUCCCCCAGGUCCCCGAUGAAGAGCUCGAUGCCAUGAAGGUCAAGAUCUCACACCUCCGCAGCGAGAUUCAGAGAGAGAAGAGAGCCAACAAGGGUUCAAAAGUCAUCGACCGUCUCAGGAAGAAGCUGUCUGAACAGGAGUCUCUGCUACUGUUAACAUCUCCGAGCAUGCCCAUCAGAGUCUACAACAAGAACGGCAAGAGUUAUAGUUUCCUGAUUUCGUCUGACUAUGAACGUGCAGAGUGGAGGGAGUUAAUGAAGGAACAGCAGAAGAAAUGUUUGAAAACUUCCUCCUUGACUUCCAUGGAGCUGCAAAUGUUGACCAACUCCUGUGUCAAGCUGCAGACUGUCCACCACAUUCCACUUAGCAUUAACAAAGAAGAGGAUGAAUCCCCCGGUCUCCACGGGUUCCUGAAUGUAAUUGUCCACUCUGCCUCCGGCCUCAAACAGAGCUUGAAUCUCUACUGCACAUUGGAGGUGGAUUCCUUUGGCUUCUUUUCAAAUAAAGCCAAGACGAGAGUGUAUCGAUACACUACUGAACCCAAAUGGAACGAGGAGUUUGAGAUUGAGCUGGAGGGCUCUCAGACCCUGAGGCUGCUCUGCUACGAGAAGUGUUACAACAAGACCAAGCAGAACAAAGAGGAUGGAGAGAGCACAGACCGCAUCAUGGGGAAAGGACAGAUCCCGCUUGACCCUCCGACUCUCCAAGGCAAAGACUGGCAGAGAACAGUUAUUCCCAUGAAUGGGAUUGAGGUUAAACUCUCCAUGAAGUUCACCAGCCGAGAGUUCAGCCUGAAGAGGAUGCCCUCACGGAAACCCAUGGGUGUGUUUGGAGUCAAGAUCUCCACAGUGACCAAGCGAGAGCGCUCCAAGGUGCCCUACAUUGUCCGUCAGUGCCUAGAGGAGAUUGAAAGGAGGGGUAUGGAGGAGGUGGGCAUCUACCGAGUAUCAGGAGUGGCCACUGAUAUCCAGGCGUUGAAGACAGCCUUUGACACCAAUCAUAAAGAUGUGUCAGUGAUGAUGAGUGAGAUGGACGUCAAUGCCAUUGCUGGGACCUUGAAGCUGUACUUCAGAGAGCUGCCAGAACCACUCUUCACUGAUGAGCUCUACCCCAAUUUUGCAGGUGGCAUCACCCUGUCUGAUAGUGUUGCCAAAGAAAGCUGUAUGUUGAACUUACUGCUGUCGCUGCCAGAACCCAACUUGGUCACAUUCCUUUUCCUUUUGGAUCACCUGAAGAGGGUGGCAGAGAAGGAAAGCGUCAACAAGAUGUCUCUCCACAACCUGGCAACGGUGUUUGGUCCGACCUUGCUGAGGCCUUCCGAGAAGGACAGCAAGAUCCCUGCUAACCCCACCCAACCCAUCAGUAUGGGGGACAGCUGGUCGCUGGAAGUCAUGGCACAGGUCCAGGUGUUGCUGUAUUUCCUCCAGCUGGAAACGAUCCCUACCCCAGACAGUAAACGACAGAGCAUCCUCUUCUCCACUGAAGUAUAGAGCUAACGUUGACUCUGCCGACCUGAUGAUUUGACCAUGAAGGAGUGAAAAAGAGACAGUGGCUCAAAGUGAGCCUAUAGUAGUAUGUUUUUGAAUUGACUGACCAGAUUCCGUUAGGAUCUCAGCUGGAAAGGAUAGUCUGUGGCAAUGCCUGCCCCCCCUCAAACACAAGAGGGCGCCAUUGGACCUCUGAAGCUCAGAGGAUGCGAGGUCCUUCCAUUUAUAUGUCAUUACCUGAUAUUUAAUAUGAUUUCUUCUACCUUUAGUGAUGAUGUAGGUACGUCUGCCAUCUAAAUUUUGUCACCAUGCUCUUUUUUGGUCUUAACAUUGAACCUUUACAGCGUGUAGACAGUUGUGGUUUAUAAACAACAUCAAGAAGUUAUCAAAAUCAAUCCAUAAGAGAACAAAAUAUGUCUUUCUUGAUUCUUCAAUUAGUUUGCCAACAAAUCAGAAAUUCCAUCUACCUUUGUGUUUGGGCAUUGUUCUCAAUCUGUGUUUAUUUUGGACAAUCAUCAGCUCAAGAAUCCUGCAAAAUAUGUUUGUUCAUCUCAAACAUUGCAACAUGUCCUGUUGAGGAAAAUUCUAACCGUGUCUUACAUAAACUCGCGCAUUGUUUCUGAGAAAGACAAGAGGAGACAUUUGUGCUGUUUGUGGCAGUUUAAAAAAUCCAGAGCUGCCAUGAUACUGUUUUUUCUUCUUUGUGUCAGGAAGCACCUGUUAUGUUAAAGUGUUUACAACGUAAACAAACCCCGUUGGAGUCAAAGACAAAGCUCUAAUAGGAACUGUAAGAGAAACAAAAGGAACCUGGAUGAAUAGUAAUAUACUGCAAUCUGACUGCCUGCGGUUUUUCGCGAUCAUAAAAGCAAAUUUCCUCUAUUUGUGUUGUUUGUAUGUCAAGUCUUCACCUCGAAAAUAUCCAGGAAGCAAUAUAUUUUCUAACAUAGGAAUUGUCAACAAAAAUGUCCUUCUUACUGUAACAUAGGACAUCUGGCCAAAUUUUUUUUCAUUUGUUUGUAUCUAGGAGAAAAAGGAAGCAGUUGUAAUUACAGAUACAGCAUUGUACAUAAUCUUAAAGUUGUAUUUUUUUCUUUCUUUUUGUUUAACAGUAUAAUCAUUGUUGCUAUUAUUGUAAUUUAUUUUGGGGGCCUGGGAGGGAGAAAUCAGUUAGUUUUUCUAAGUCAACUUUUUUUUCUGUUUGAUUAAGAAAGUGGUAGGUCUUAGCCUUGAUUUCAAGUCUUGCGGUAAAUAAGCAGGAUUUAGCCUUGUUCGUAUAGAAACUACUCAGCUGUUCUGUCCAGCCUAUCGAUUAUUCAUUUAGAUAUUAUUAUGAAGGUAACACACACAUUGUAGUUUCAUACUGUAUGCUGCUGUGGAAAAAGGCACAAGCUCUUUAACUGCUGGGUGUUCCUCGGCAAAACGUCUCAAAUCCUGAGAAUCGCGCCUGUCUAGUGUAGACAUUAUGCAAUGUCAUAAUAGAGCACACACACUCGCACACAUAUGACAUUGUUUCUUUUUGUACCAUUUAAUCUGUGGCUGCAGAUGUGCACUCCUGCAAUGUUAGAACUACUGUAUUACAAUUCAAGUGACCUGAGCACUCAACAUUUAUGUCCACUGAAGAGCAUAUCUGUUGUUUUUAAUGAAGGAAUAUUGUUUUGUCUCAUCUUCUCCUGACAUCUUUUUUUAUUUAUCUCAUGCAUAUGGCGAAAUGUCCUACUAAUUCGUUGUCCCUUUAACUGUUCUUCAUCCCGUUACCCCUGAAGGUGUUCAACUCAAUGGCCAAUUUAAAAGAAAUCUCAUCAUUUGUUGAUUCUAAAAUUGCAUAUUUCUCAUUUUAAUUUCUGUGUCCUUGAUUUAACAUGCAGGCAUGUUUUAUGGAUUUUUAAUUUUUUUGGUCUAUGGUUAUUGCUGUCUUGUUCACAAAUGUGUCAUCAUAGACUUUGGGAUGUUGGUAACUAACUUGUGAGUAUCUGGUUUACAUUAUUACAGCAUGUCCUUUUCUGGCAAAUUAAAAUUUGUAUGAACCUAUCGUUUAAGGGUAAAUUUCAUGGUUGGUUUCCCAUAUAUAUCUUCAGUAUAAAACUAGCUAACUGACCAGUUUAGUGAAUCUGAUAAGGGCUUGUGUGUGGCUGUGUCCAUGUUUAAGAUAACAUAGGUGAGGGCACAUAUGAGUAAAUGUUAUAACGCAUUUUAAGUUCUUAACAUAAUUGUCUUUAGACUUUCAAAAGCAAGAGGAGGCUUUCCUUUUGGAUACAUAUCAGCUCUCUAAAUGUUAACACUCAUAUGCACAUGACAAUAUGAACUUAAACACCAUUAUUGUAUCAACCCCAUAAAUAACAAUGUUGAGAUUUCUCUUCAUGCCUUCAGUCCCACUUGUAUGUACUUCCACAAAGUUUGCCCUACUGUAGCAUGCACACAUUGUUUCCUCAUCUAUAUGUUAGUAUAUGAGACAGAAAAUGAAUCCACCAUUCGUCUGUCAUCUUUAUAAUAAGUCCCGAUUGCCUACACUCUUCUACCCUAUCGUGCCUCGACACUUUUUGUUUAGCGCGAUAUUCUGAAACAUUGUUAAGUCUCCUGUUGCCUUUGCUGUGGACAGCCACACUCCUUUCAUCUCUUAAAGACUAAGACAGGACCUUAACCUUAAGCAUGGUCUUAGCUCAUACUGUACAUGCCCGUUCUACUUGCCCCCUUCAUCUGACUGUGUGGCUGGAAUUCAAACUGUGUUAGCGUCAGUCUUAAUGGGACAAAGGACAGAAUUUCUUGCCCAACAUGUCCUUGUUUUGGCUCUUAAAGUUUCUACUCCUUUAAUGCCUUUUAUUCUUAUUUAUUUAUGCUUUGUCCCUGUUUGGUAUAAGAAGGUCUACUGGAUCUAUUUAUUUGUGAUAUAAUAUUAUCUAAAGCAAAAUUAAUGUUAGAGAAAUGGUCUUUAUAUGGUGUGCUUUCUUUGGGAUAAUACAAGUCUUAUGUUGCAGUCUGUUUAUCAAACAUCCUGUUAAAGUUGCAACUGUUUGUCACUAUUUUGUCCCUUAUCACAACCACUGUGUACAACCACAAACACCGGAUUGAACACCCCCCCCCCUGCAUUGUCGGCUCAUCUCUGUAAGUUAGAUGUGGUGUACACCAGACUGGCCACUGUGAUUGUUUAGCUAUCUGCUUUAGAUAACUGAAUAGCAGAUGCAGGAUCUUGUCCAUUUCAAUGGUAGAUCCUGUGAGUUCACGCAACUCAAUAUUCUCUUUCGUUUCCAUGGAGUUGUAUGAUAUGUAUUAUACUAGAGAGUACAUUAUUUGGUUUCCGUUUUAUUUAUUGUGGCGUCCGCUGACGUAUGGUCAUUAACGGUUGAGCCGGUACGCCUCUAGUCUCUUUAAAAAGCCAAGCUGUCAGUAUGUGGUAGAGGAGAAAAGAGUCUUUAUAUUGCUCUGAAAACUGCAUUUUUUUUGGUCUGUUGAUUGUCAGUGUAACUGCAUGUACCCUCCAUAACCUCAAUCCCUCUGUACAUGAUAAAGUAAAUACAAUAAUUAAUUGUUCUGUGGAAUAGCGUGAAGAUAUGGAACAUAUUGCUCUAUAUGAAAGUUACAAAUUUACAUUUAUUGUACAUGACUCUGGUAAUUAUCACAUUUCCAUGCUAUAGUUAAGACUUUCAAAUGACUCUGCUGCCACUUCUACGACAUCAAACUGACUUUAAAUUAGACAACGUCAACCUUUGGAAAUAUGCUAGUUUGGUUUUAUUCGACACAUAACGUAAAGCUGAGGAAGAGACUUGCCUACCAACCACAACACACUUUCUCUUUUUAACUUCCUCAAUUUUUUGAACUCUUGUUCCUGUUCAAUAUUCAAUGUUCUGCUUGUAGAACUGUAAAAAUGAAUACUGUAUUCUGAGGGCAAACAUGUUUGGAAGGCAUUUGCAGCCUAUGUUUGUACACAAAAAUGUUAAAUAAACUCUCCUUGUAUCUACACAGAA